UGAACGAUGUUGGGUCAAGCCCUUCUCCAUUGGCGUUGAAAGACGAAACAAUACAUGUGGAGUUAUCGGUAGAGACUUUAGAGAAGUAUCUUGAUAUGGAGAAGGAGAUUCAGACGUACGAGAAGAGGCAUAUCAUGGAGAAUUACCAGGUGAAGACUGAACAGUUGGAAAAACUGGAGAAGAAGGUCCAGGAACUGGAAGAAACUCAAAAAGAACUGGAACAACAGGCGGCUGCGCUUCAUGCUGCACUGGAUCCCGAUGAUAACAACGAUCAGAUAAGCGUAAAACAGUUUCUCAUGGAAAAGGCAGACAGUGGUCACGAACUGAGUAAAGAACAAGAAGAUUUUGUGGAUGCACUAAACAGACAGGAGAUUAUCAAACGAGAACUGGAUAGCACAACUCAGCAGCGAGAUGUCUUGAAGGAGGAAGUGGAUGGCUUAGCAGAGAAAGGAGACAAACUACAAAAGUUGUACGAAGAAAGAGAUGAAUUGUUAGACAACAUCUUUGGAGGAGAAUAUGGAAGUGAAUUAGAGAAUAGUCUUGAGAAAGAAGUAGAUCUUCUUCACGAACAAAAAAAACAUGUCGACCAAGCCCAUUUCAAAUGGACACAGGCACACAUGAUGGUCAAACAGGCCAUCUCCCAGCUGGGACUAAGUUUACAGAAGUGGAAGGAAAUGUCGGAUAUCUCUCCAGACGAAUUUGAGCAACGUUACUCUUGUGCCGCCGAGACCCGAAACAACCUAGUAGCUGCCAUUCAGAAUCUGCAGGGGGCGCAGCGGUAUCUUCCUAAUGUCGUGUUUCCCUACUGUUCUGAGGAAGAAGUGGAUACGCUGGAAAAGGCAGUUUCCAAUAUUUUUACGGAUAUUCAAACUGAGGAAAGACAAGAGCAUGCUUUGGCGUGCUAUGACACCACCUAUCGGCGUUCAAGUGCAUUACGUCAAUGGUUUGAACAGGUAUUGAACACAACCAUCGCUCGAGAUUUGGCUCGCAUAACUGAAACGUGUAAGACGAAAACUCUCGAACUUCGCCAAGAACGAAUUCGACUCAUUCGAAAAAAAGUAAAGGAGAUGACUGGCAAGGAUGUUGAUGUUGAUCCGGUUAUGGCGUCUGACGCAGACGAUGCAUCAGACGACGCAGCAGCUGAUGAACAGGUAGCACAGCUCUUUGAAGCGGAUAACGCAGAAGAACAAGAUAAUUCUCUUUCACCGGGACCACAAAUGCCCCCUGCCCCUACACCUGUACCAAUAAACGAACUGGCUCCUCCUCCAUCAAACGAAGAAAUUUUUGUACCAGAUGGCUAUCUGCAUAGAAAAAGAAUAACACAUCAUAAGCUGUCUUGGAGCACCAUAGAUGUUACAAGCAAUGUGAUUAAGUGGAUGUUGAAUGGUGCAAUAAUACAACCUUUAAGGAUAUUUGGUCUAUUUUCACGAAACGGAGGGAUCAUUAAGGUUCUGAAUGCAUCUUAUACAGGAGAAUGUGGUAAACUUGUUGGUCCUGAAAUCUGUGACCAAAAGUCCGAAUGUUACCCACAUAGAAGAGACAUUUCCCUCAAUGCAGCUCCUUAA